UCUGUCAAUGUAGCCAAGUAUUAUCUAAAUAACAUAGUGCUAAAUUCAAAAUUCUACAUCAAAAUGGGGUGAGGCUCAGCCUAACAGAGCCAAAUCCGGGUAAGGCUUAAGCCUUACCCAGCCUAGUGGUUCCGCCGCCUCUGGAAUAUAUGGGUAAUUUUUUGAAACUCUGUUUCUGCUAAAUAUAUUUUCUUUAGCUAGUCCUCGUAUACAAUGUAUAUUCGGUAUUGUCCAUGGGUUCGCGUACGUUCGCAAGCGUUAGGGGGAGGAGGGAGGUAAAAUUUUCAGAUUUUCAGCACUUUCUCCCUUUACAAAUUUUCACUCCUUAUUCUUCCUGUUCCAGAGGAAUUCAGGAGAGGAGUUACACAAAAUAAUGUACAUUUUUUGCUGCUUCUCGUAUGAAAAGAUUUUACAAACCGAAAGACCCUAACUUACCCUUUGAUUUGGUCUAAAUGCUUGUUUGCGUCGAAAACCGAACAUUAUUAAUUUGAGAAAUCCUUUGUUUUUGUAUGAAGCUUGCAGUUGAUAUAUAUAUAUAUAUAAUAUAUACUAUCGAGAAGGUGCAAACGCUAAUUGCUCUAUGUAACGUUACUAAAUAGAAUAAAAAUAUGUGGGAGGGGAACAGGUAGUAGCAGAAGAGUCAUUUAUAUUUUAGCCAUAACGCCUGUAGUCGUAAUCACCUUGAUGAUUAAUUUUUUUCGAAUGUUUGACACAUCAACGAGCACUGUCAUAUACGCCUCAAAAUACAGUGCACAUCCUCUAUUAAACAGGGUAGCCAAAUCUGAUUUUUCGUAAUUUUUCCACUAUUUUUAAUGUUGUGUUCUACUGGAGAAAAUGAAGAUUGUGAAAAUCUGCAAAAAUAUUCAAAAAACUUACUCGUUCUGUUUUUUUCUAUUUCUUUCCGAAUAAACUCACAUAUAUAUACGUGCUUAUAUACCAUCCGAUUUAGACGAGCUGUCUACAAAUACAGCUCAUCCGAGUGAUGUAGUGUAGACAUAGGUUUAGAAGCAGCUUAUUAUGAUAAAACUGAAGCAAUAAGAUGUUCAGCCUGUAGCACUAAUAUGUGAAAAGAAGAGCAGAAAACGUAAGAGAAAUUCAGUUCUAGAAUGACUGAGAUGUUUCUGGAGAAAAACUAAAUAAAUAUAAAUAAAUAAAUAAGACUUUCAUUUUCCUCCCGAGUUUUGAGUAGAAAAUAAGUCUUCUGGUUUUUAAGGAUUUUCCUUCUGCUUCUAAGAACUUUGACUUAACAACUCUUGUAUCAAUAUCGAUAUAUCUCAAUAAUACUAUUUUUCAAAAAGAAAAUGGACACAUACUAUGUCCUACUUCUCUAGACAGCGAAACCACGAGACUCGAUAGUAGGGAUGUUCGGUUCUCAUUAAGAACCGAAACUGCGGUUCUCUUAUUUUCGGUUCUUCAUCGGAAAACAGAAUCUCGCUGUCAGUUCUGACAAUGAAACCGGAAUCGCGGUUUCUUAGAUGGUUCCUUUUUCUCGGAACCGAGACUUUUUGACCUGCCUUUCUUUUCGCAAAAUAAAAACACACUAUUGACAAAGCUACAAAAAGAUAUAUUUGUCUGUCAUCACUUAAAAGAAUCCUUUCGUUUACUAUAAGAUGAAUUCUAUUUCGUUGAAUUAUUAAUGCCUGAAAAACUAUUGUCCGCUUCUAAGCUGAGAACCGAGAACCGCGUUUCUGUUCUAAGUUUGCAACCCGAACCGCGAUUCCUUUCGUUUCGGUUCUAAGCCGCGAGUCAGAACUGUGAUUCUCGGUCUCGGAACCGAGAACUGAACAUCCCUACUCGAUAGGAUUGAGCCUCACUACAUUUUACCCCUACGAGGCUCAGCAUCACUAGACUUCGAGAAAAAAUAACUUUUUCUCGGGUGAAGGCUUGUGAGUUUUAGGUAUGCAGACAAGAGGCGCUCCGCAUGAAUGAAGAAUAUCUUAUAAUAGAAGGUCCCCAAGUGAUCCAUCGCUUUUAUCUUGAAACCCACAUGAUUAGGCGUAAUGUUUGAUGCUGACCCGAAUCAGAUACUCAGUUAUGCUGAUAAGGGUUUUUCAUACUUCUCUAUGGAAAACAUUUCUUCUACUAAUCAUUGGAGAUCGAUUUGAUCAAGAAACCCAUUCACAUAAACAUGCAUCAGCUGUGUUCUUAUAUUAGCUUCACUGCUGAUUUUUUGCAAAGUUGAAUUUGUAACCAUGCAUGCAAUCCGUGUUCUAGACUCGUUUCUAAACUCAGUUCACUAGUGGCAUCUACACCAACGCAUUGUCAACUCUAUUCCAAGUUGUCUACAAUUCGGCUUUAUAUUCACGAACUAAGCUAGGAGUGAAUUCAGUAUAAAAAAAACAAUAAACGAUAAAUUGCCAGAUCAAUGCGAACUGAUGUAGAUAGUCUCUCUGUGGAACUACUAUUUGGAUGUAAACAAAAAGAAAACAACGAACAAUAUCAUAAAAAAUUAUGUUCAUUGUAUAGUUUUGCGCUUAUAUUAACUUUUGCAUCUAUGAUCGUUUCAAAUAAAAAUAUUGAAAAGAAAAAAACUGAUUUUCCUACGUGUCUAAUGUACAAAUCAAAUGCGAGUAAGGUUUACAUUGACAUGUCAUCUGAUGAAUGUUGCGGUGCUAUUGCGUUUCACUAUUAAUUAUUUGAACAAUUUUCGAUAAGAUUAGUGCCUAAAUUGCACAUGCAUUGUGACACAAUUUUUAAAGAAAUGUGCCAUUUUUUUAAUGCAAAAAUCAACUUAAAUCGACUUUCUUUUUUUAAAAACAAACUAUUUAAAUUCUCUUUUUUAAAAUUCUUUUAGAAAAAUCUGUUUAAAUUCAUUUCUUACUCAAUGAAUCUAGCUUUAGCUUUUGUAAAAGGUUAAUUUAAAUUUCUUUUUUCUCCAAAUAAAAGAGAAAAUGCAUUUAAAUAGAUUUUCACAAAAGCUAAAACCAGAUUCAUUAAGAUAGAAAUAUUUAAAGAUAGAAGUAUUUUGAAAGAAGUCAUUGGAUCUGAUUCUUAAGGAGCUAGAAAGAUUCUCCGGAGCGUAACGCAGUGAUAAAAAAGGACACCUAAACUGCAACCAGUGAUCAUAAAACGAAGAUUUUCUCGCUCAUUCGUGUAGCAACAAGAAACUUGCAAGAGAAGUUUGUAUAGCUUUUUCAAUCAGCUACCUGAUAGUAAAAGAUUUUUUCUGAUUACUCUUUUUCUUGAGUUAUAAAAUAUCAAAGAAAAACGCAACGCAGUGACACAGUUUUUGUAGACCUCUUUUGGGGCACUUAGCAAGUUCGAAAACUUUUCAUAUUAACAGGGCUUUGAUUUUUCAUCGAUUGUAAUCAUUCUACACAAGAAUUAGGCUUCUACAGCCUCUCAGGAAACCGGAAGUUCUACAGAAAGUUGGAAACUGUACAAAUAUGUACGGCUGAUUUAAAGACAGUAACCGCAAAAAUUAAUAAGCAGUUUUGUAGAGAAUUAAAUUCUGCAUCUAAGGACAUGUCACUCCACUUUCUUUCGAACAAUUUCUUGGUUAGGAAAUUCAAUAUAUGGUUUUCGAAAAUCUUAAAAUCCGAUUUAUAGCGUCAAAAUCCAACUUUUAUGGGAUAUUGAUAAAAAUAGAACUGAGUAGUAAGAGAAUCACAAACAAAUCUCUCUACUUUUAGAAUAUCGUCAUGACUCAUCAACAACCGUUCAACAUGAAACCCUGAUUGGUAGUAAUAAACGUAAAUAUUUAACAAAAGAAAAUUGUUCAAUUGUAAAAAAAUCCAAAUUUUAUUGUCAUUAUCAAUCGAAUUCGAUUAUUUUACAAUUAAUUGAAUUAUUAAAACCUUAUUUAGAACAUUAUAAAUUAUCAUCAUUAAAAUUAUGUUGUUAUAUUAAAUUACAUUUACCCAAUUGUGAAUCGGGUAAUAAUCAAGGUGUAAAAAUUCAAUUACAAGUGUUAAAAGAAAUUCAAGAUAUGGAAAUAAUUGUUGGUACAAAUUAUGAUUUAUUAUUAGAUUAUUACAAGAGACGUUUAGAUACCAUUAAAUUAUUAAAUAAAUAUCCAACAGUUGAAGAUUAUUAUAAAUGUUUACAAGAAUUAGAUUUAAAAAUAUUUGACGAUAUUCGAUUUAUGAUAUUAGAAUUACGUACAAUCUAUUUGAAAACAUAUGAUAUUAUUAUGAAAAAUUUAACACGAAUACAAACGCCGAGAAGUUCUCCACAUACAACAAUGAUUAAUUGA